AACGAGGUCCUCGUUGUCGAGGGAUGGUCGAGGUACAGCACCUGACAGCUGUCAAAUUGUUGAUCUUGAGAAUAGGUUAGAACUUUCUCUUCUUACUUUUACAACAGGUUUUCGUUCGUCAGCGUCAUGUGACGGGGUGAGGUAAUGCCCUCAAUAGAAAGUAAUCCACUUACUAUUAUUUCUGAUGGCGAAAUGUUUAGUUAGCUGCCGACCACAAACGGAAACGUGGCAUGCAGCAUGGUGGCAUACAUUUUACAAUUUCAUGUACUUACAAUCACGUAAAAUGUUAUCAGUUAUAUCUUGAAGUUUUAGUCAUCACUCUGCCGGUGAUUAUAUUUUUGUACUUCCUACUCUGUAGUAAAAUUAAUCAGAAACGAAUCAUUAGAGUAAUCACACAACUCCGUGUGAUAAGUGUUUGUACAAGCUCAACAAAACGUUGAAUCAUUUACUGUUGUACCUGUGAAAUUAUUACAAUGAAGUUGGAAAAAAAUACCAGCGAUGAAAACGCUGACAAUACUAAAGUUGUGCGAGUGGUGUUUGUGUCCUUGUUGUUGGAUCUUCUCGCUUUCACCAUGAUUUUACCCUUACUGCCAGCCCUUUUGGACCAUUAUGAACAGCAGGAUAAUAAACAGGGAUUAUACUCAACUAUACUAAGUUACAUCCAGAGGAUUCAAGUGUAUUUUGAUGUGCCAGCUCGAUUCAACUCUGUUUUGUUUGGAGGAUUUUUGGGCUCCAUGUACUCUUUCUUACAAUUUGUGUCAUCCCCAAUUGUUGGAGCAUUAUCUGAUGUAUAUGGGAGGAAACCGCUAAUGCUGUUAUGCCUAGUCGGGAUAGCAGCUUCGUACCUCCUGUGGGCAGUAUCGCACAAUUUUGCUUUAUUUGUCUUUGCCAGAUUUGUUGGUGGCUUAAGUAAAGGCAAUGUUAGUUUGUCCAUGGCCAUUAUAAGUGAUGUCACAUCUCCAAAAUCCAGAGGCAAAGCUAUGGCUUUGGUAGGAAUAGCAUUUUCGGUAGGCUUUGUUGUGGGACCUAUGAUAGGUGCAACGUUUUCCUGUCUAUCUUCUGGGCACAGAGAAGGUCAGUGGUAUGCAAUACCAGCCUUAUUUGCUCUCUUCUUGGCACUCAGUGAUUUACUUUACGUUUGGUUUAACCUGAGUGAAAGUUUACCUCCAAAAUACAGAGCAAAAACUUUGGUUUCUGGUAUGUCAGAAGCAUUAGCAUACAUCAACCCUCUGGAUUUAUUCCAGUUCAAUGGAGUAUCUGGCUUGUCAUCAGCAGAAUUGCAGAGUCUUCGAAAAUUAGGUAGAACAUACUUCCUGUACCUGUUUGUCUACAGUGGAUUAGAAUUCACACUAACAUUCCUAACGCAUCAUUUACUUGGAUUCACUAGCAUGCAGCAGGGUUGGAUGUUUCUAGGCAUCGGGCUGACCAUGGCUACUUUGCAAGGUGGUUGGGUUCGCAAAAUACCUGCUCACAAAACCAAAUCUAUCGCUGAACUGGGCUUGUGGCUGGUUAUCCCAUCAUUCAUAUGCAUCGGUAUAGCUAAGGGAACCUUGAUGUUGUAUUUUGGCGUAUUUCUAUUUGCAGUGUCAACAGCUAUGGUGGUGACAUGCAUGAUGACUCUGGUAACCAGAAUAGGUCCUGAAAGUCAAAAGGGUUCAAUAACUGGAAUUUUUCGAUCUCUUGGAGCCCUUGCCCGAGCUUGUGGUCCAGUCGUUACUUCGAUUGCAUUUUGGAGCGUAGGCAGCACUGUCACGUAUCUAACCGGUGCGCUGGCUCUAAUAUUACCACCUCUCAUACUUCGAUACACACACACGUCCUAAACCUAUUUUAUAAGCUUCGAAGGUAUUAUCAUCACAUUGUACUUCCACAAAGAUGGUAUAUAAUAUUUAUUGCCAUUUAUUUAUAUACAGAUUUAUACCUACAUAGUAUUUGCAAAUUGGUACAUUGCUGAGUUUUUCUACAUUUUUACAUUGCUCUAGAAAAUAUAGUGAAACCAUAGCUAAAUAUAUGUAAAUAUCACUA